UUAUUUAAAUUUAUUUUAACAACUUUAUACAAAGAUGUGUCUCGAAAAUUUAUAGAAAAUAUAUGAAUCGCAAAUAUUUAAAUUAAUUUUCUGAAUUAAUUCUGUUUAUUUAAUUAUCAAAUAGAAUAACCUUAUAAAAUAUGGCAUCCCUGUUGGUAACUUGAAUUUGUUUUGACAUUUAUCAAUAUUACUCUAAAAUUAAUUUUCAUAAGCAUUAUAGCACGUGGUGACAGCGCAAAAGUUUCCAAACAAAUUUUGCAAAAAAACCUAGUGUAUAUUUAAGAUUAAAUAAAAAUGGUAAUAAUGAAAACUAAAAAAGUUAAGAAACAUUUUAAAACACGAAAAUUUCAACAAGUAACUGAAGUAGAGGAAAAUGAGGACGUUGAGCGUGAAGUAAUUCCUAAAGAUGUACGUAUCAUAGCACAGGAAGUGCAAAUAGUCCGUUCGCUUGCCUGUAAUGAUCUCAACAAACGUAAUCGCCAAAUCCGUAAGCUACGCAAAUGGUUGCAAUUACGGUCACGUAGUUCUUUUCCUUUCUCAGAGGAGGAUUUUCUCCGCAUCUGGAAGGGACUAUACUACAAUAUGUGGAUGUCAGAUAAGCCAUUGGUGCAAGAAGAUUUGGCCGAACAAUUGGGCAAAUUAACUGAAUGUUUCGAUGGUGAUGUGGCAACUAGUGUGAAUUUUUUCGGCGCGUUCAUGAAAACAAUGUGCAAUGAAUGGUUCGGCAUUGAUCAAUGGCGUAUUGACAAAUUCAUGAUGUUGGUACGACGAAUGCUGCGUUAUAUGUUCCGUGUUUUGAGAGGCGUUGGCUGGACUAAAGACUCCAUAAAAUUAUUUAAUGAACAUAUGCAUCUGACAGUUUUGGCUGAGGAAAGUCCUGCUAUAGGUUUGACAAUGCACUAUCUGGACAUUUUCUUUGAAGAAUUGGCAAAAGUAUCUGAGGGUAACAUUAACGCCGAACAAGUGGGCGACUUCGUGCUUCCGUUUGUAACUUAUUUAUCUAAAGGCCGCAAUGCUAAACUAGUAUCGCACUGCCGCUCACAAGUGUUGGAACAUUUACUGUACCAAAGCACUUUAGGUCGUGAAUAUACUGAAAAAUUUAACGCAUGGAAACAAAUGGGUUUCCCUACUGAAUCAAUAAACGACUUAGAAUUAGUUGAGGAAGAUGCAGUGGAAAACGGAGAAAACGAAGAUAGAGAGGAAUAUGAAGGAGCGGAAUUACAAUCUACCGAGAAAUACUUAGAUCCACGUGCAGGAAAUGUCGAUGUGUUCAUGCCCGAGCUGCCGUUAAACGCUAAAUAUGUAAUUGAUGAAUUGGAAAGACUUUUAUAUAAAGAUGAUGAUAUUACUACAAAAAUGAGGAUAAGUUUGCGUAAGCAAUUAGAGAUUUUCCAAAUCUAUCAACGUGGUGAAUUCCCAUUGGGAGUGAAGACUAUGCCGCGCUUUAAGGCAGACAAUGAAAAACCACUUAUGAAAGACAAAAUAGAAAAAUUAGAAAAUGUUGAAAACGAACUGUUUGGUGUUGGACGAAAACUAAAGCAGUUGAACAAAAGAAAACGGCGGAAGUUGCUCAAAUCAUUGAAUUUCACCGAAGUCGAUGAAUCGAAUUUCGAUCAAACUAUUAUGAAAGCUUUACCAAAGCAAUAUCUAAAGGAACGUAAGAGAAAAUCGAAUGCGUUCAUGAAUAACUGGGUAGAAGAAGAAUUAGGUGCAGAAGAUAUAUUGCCAACAAAGAAACAGAAAAACAAGAAGAACAACACCGAAAAAUCUAACGGAUUCACUGAGCUUGAAGCAGAAGAAACUAGCAAUUUUGAUGGUGUUAAAGAUAACACUCAAGGUGUAGACGAAAUCAUAGUUCCAACACAAAACGACAAAGUAGAGGAAGAAAAACUACAAAAAACUCCAAAACGUAAAGACUUAGAUUCUACAAAAGCAACAAAAGAGCAGCAGGCAGAAAAAGUUGAUACCAAGCACAAAAAACAAAAAGGAGGAUCAGAUACGAAGGCUAAGACUGUGUGGGAUACACCAUUGGCAGAAGGUGAAAUAGAAUACUUUAUACCAUCGCGAAAAAUCCAAUUGAAAAAUGCCAACGCAAAUCUUGUGCCAAAUCCCUUGGCAAAGAAACUGCAAAAUAAUGCAUCUACACCGGUGAAUACAAAAAAAGGGACGAGUACAUCGAGCAACCCCACUCCGACGGGCAGUAUAAAGCGUGUAAAGAUAGCACUUAAGCAUAACACUGCGCAAAAUCCUAGUGAGUAUAUAAAGCAAAUUAAGAGUUCUCCAAAUUUGCCAUAUGAUGCGGACAAGAAGCCUGGAAAGGGCUUGUUGAAACCCAACUCAAUGCCUAGUCCAAUUAAUCCAUUUUAUAAAAAGAAAAUUGGUUUACGCCUAGCUAACGAUACGAUUUGAACUGUAUGUGUACCCAGCGAUAUCUGCGUAAAGUAAAGUUUUUAUAUUUUAAUUCUAUAGAAGUUAAGUAAAUUUAACUUAUAAUACAUAUGUACUUAUGUAUAAGUUUCAUGAUUGAAUUGUCUCAAUUGAAUACAAAAUAAAGUGUAUGAAAGUUUUUAAAUAUGUAAAA